GUGGUGCCAAUGUGGAAAAGGUCACAGACCAUGGAGCACUGGAUACUUUAGAAAACGAAAUGGUAGAGCGUUUGCAAAUGAAGAUGUCACAACUUGAGGAUCAGUUCACGCGAGAGGAAUCACAGCUUGCCAUUGCAGGUGAGCAACUCCAAGAACGUAUGCACUUAGUGUCUGAAGAACAAAAAGCUUUGGAUGACUUGAGAGACAAGACUAGAGCCAUGCAGGCAAAACUGGACUCUGCUGCCACUGAGUCCAACAAGCCCCAAGUUGAACGCAGGGGUUCUCCUACUCUUAGCGCAAAGGAUUUGCUGAAGCAAAAGUUGGAACAAACGGCCAAGAAAAACACUGCUGCCUUUGCUGUGGCUGAAACGCCAAGCUCACACUUCCAUGAAUCCACGCCCAUGGGAUCUGUUCCAAGUGGGGAUGGGAUUGUGCCUGAUGGGCCUAGUGUUGCUGUGGUGCCAGUUUCUGACCAACGCUUCACCAGUUCUACGCACCCUCAAGCGUGGCACUGUCUCUACCGAAUGACUCGAAAGCAAGAUGGUUGCGACCCCGAAAUCUACAAGAAGUGGCAUGAAGGUUUGGUUUGCUUGUUGCUGGGGGUGAAGUUUCCUCCAAAAUCUUUGCCAUUUGCCAAGCUGCAAGCGCUGAUCACGCUACGCCAGAAGAGCUCCCAGUGGCGUCGCAACCUUCAAGGGUACUCGUGGCAUACCGAGGAGGACUUGAAGACUGUCUUGAAGUGGCCCCAGUCGAAAGUGGAUGGUGCUGUCAAGUACUGCACAAAGCGCAAGUUGACCAAGAAAUGCAUCUAUGACCAGACAGCUGUGAAGUAUCUCGUCCAGACCCGUGAUGAUGUUGAAGCUGGUGACGAACGAAUCAAGGAACUUGAAAGUGCGAUGCAGGAGGUAGGUCUGUUUGACACAGAUUUUUCCCUGGGAGAUCUGAUGGUGGAUGAUGGGGAUGAAGAUCCCAACAACAGCCCAGCCGCCAAUCCCAAAAAGAAAAAACUUGGUGAGUUCCCUGAAGUUGAGGGCGAAGAGUCGCUGCCCGAAUACAUAGGUCAAUACAAACGGGCAUGCCUUAACAGGAAGGCGCUUUUGAAGAGUACGAAGGAACGCUUGGACAAGGACAACGCAGUUGACUACAAGCUUCUUGGUUGCAAUCCGUUUGAUGUAUGGUCCAACUCCAUCAUGUUGUGCCCUUUCCAUAUGACUUUACAUGUUGAUGAAACCCAAGGACGGAUUACGAUCUUCUGGUGA